AUGCUGGUGGCCGUGGACGCCAGCCAGGGGGCUGGCCGGAGCGUUAGCAGCGACAAGGACAGGGACCUGCAGGUGCUGUUACAGGAACUCUGCGAGCUCCAGGCAAAGCAGAGGAAGCUGAAGAGAGAGGUCGAGAAGCACAGGCUUUUUGAAGACUAUCUGAUUAAGGUCCUUGAGAUAAUCCCUAAGGGGCGCAGUGUGAGCCUUGACCUCAUCUGCAGAAUGAGGACCCACAAAGGCCGAUGCCACAGUGGAGAGACAGGGCACAGGGGCCACGUGAGCCUGCCCGGUGAGCCCGGGCCCUGCCAGUGCCCCGAGUGUGGCCGGAGGCAAGUUCUCGAGGUGCUGGUGUACGAUCUGUACAAGGGGGACAAGACCGGUUAUGCAGAUCGGAUGAACUCAUCCUUCAUGAGCCUGUGGUGCGGCCACAAUGAAGGGGAGAAAACAGAGGAGCCAGAGGUGGUCCUGGUGGAGACCAUGGUGGAGCACUAUGGGCAGCUCUUCACAAUCAGCCAGGACAUCCAGAAGCAUCUGGAAGCCUUCUCCGAGAUGAACCAGGUCUUCCACCAGAGGCUGGAGUCUCUAGAGGAGAGCCACAGGGCUCUUAUCCCGAGCCUCAAGAUUCGGCUGUGUCAGCUGCAAAAGCGAUGUCAUCACGAGCAUAAGCGGUGGGGGCAGUUGGGACACCGUGUCACCUCCCAGAAGGACAUGGACAGCUAUAAUAACCAGCUGCUCGACUACCUGCAAAUGGCCAUCAACAACAUGGUCCAGCAGUGCUCCCCCUCUGCCCACAGCAUGCCCAAGAGCAUGGGCCUCUUCUCUAAACUCGACCUGAUUCAGGAAUUUAUGUUGGACAAAAUGGAGACAGUGAGAUAUAUCUCACUGCUCAUGGAACCUAGAGUAUGCUGGUCAGGGGAUAGUCUCAAGAACCCCAGAAGAUACCCCAGAUACUUCAGGAAACGCCCAAGGGAUCAAGAUUUGGUCCCCAGAACUCCCCUUCCAGGCACCCAGACUUCAGAGCGCCCCAGCUCGAACUGA